AUGAGUGGACAGGCAGCGGACUAUUACAACCCCCAGCAGCAGCCUUAUGGCGGCCCCAAGCCUGGGGUACCGCAGCAGCAGCAGCCCGUCUACCACGAUAACUACAAUAAUGUCACCUAUAAUAAUAACAAUAAUAAUUACAACGGGAAUCCUGCCAAUGCUGGAAACAACAACGGGUACAACUACGAUCCCAAUUAUCGACCAGCUCCGGAGCCCAAGCCGCCUGGGGGUCCUCCGCCGACGUACAACCAGGCUGUCUAUGGGUUUGACGAGGCGUUCAAGAUCGAGAAGCCCAAGUACAAUGAUAUCUGGGCGGGUCUUCUGUUCAUCGCGACUUUCCUUGGAUACGUCGCGGUGUCGGGUGUGACCAUCCACCGCUACUCCAAGUACAAGGGUUUCAAUGGCGACGGCAUCUACGACUCGGCGAACGACAUCUCUCUGAACACUAACACGCUCAUUCUCUUGCUCUUUGUGCUCUGUGUAGCGCUCGGAUUCUCGUAUGCCUACUUUCUGGGCGCGCGCUACUUCUCGAAACUCUUCAUCUGGGUCACGGGGAUUCUGAACAUCGUCUUCGCGCUGGCAACGGGCAUCUACUAUAUCGCGCGCAAGCAGUAUGGUGGUGGGAUCGUGUUCCUGGUGUUUGGGGUCUUCGCGAUCAUCUGCUUCAUCAGCUGGAUCCCGCGCAUCCCCUUUACGGCGCUCAUGCUGCAGACGGCGAUCGACGUGUCGCGCAAGUACGGGCACAUGUUUAUCGUGAGCACGAUCGGCGGGCUCGUGGCCGUGGCGUUCGCGGCCUGGUUCUCCGUGACGCUGGUCUCGAUCUACGUCGCGUACGAGCCGGCCAGCACGCCCGGCGCGACCAACCCGUCGUGCAGCGAGGGCGGGUGCAGCCGCGCGCGCGUCAUCGGGCUCGUCGUCUACAUCACCUUCGCCAUGUACUGGUUCAGCGAGUGGGUGAAGAACACGGUGCACACGACCAUCGCGGGCGUCUACGGCUCGUGGUACUUCUUCAGCCAGUCGCCGCAGGGGAUGCCGAAGGGGGCGACGCGCGGGGCCUUCCGGCGCGCAACCACCUACUCGUUCGGCAGCAUCAGCUUCGGCAGCCUGAUCAUCGCGCUCGUCAACAUGCUGCGGCAGGCGUGCUCCGUCGCGCAGCGCAACGAGGCCAGCCAGGGCAGCGUCGUCGGCAGCAUCAUGUUCUGGAUCCUCGGCUGCUUCAUCGCCCUGCUCGACUGGCUCGUCACCCUCUUCAACCGCUACGCCUUCUGCCACAUCGCCCUCUACGGCAAGCCCUACAUCCCCGCCGCAAAGGACACCUGGACCAUGAUGCGCGACCGCGGCAUCGACGCCCUCGUCACCGACUGCCUCAUCGGCCCCGUCCUCACCAUGGGCUCCGUCUUCGUCUCCUACGUCUGCGCCCUCCUCGCCUACCUCUACCUGCAAUUCACCCGCCCGUCCUACAACGCCGACGGCAACUUCACCGCCGUCAUCAUGGCCUUUGCCUUCGUCAUCGGCCUCCAGAUCUGCCAGAUCUUCAUGACCCCCGUCAGCAGCGGCAUCGAAACCAUCUUCGUCGCUAUGGCCUGGGACCCCCAGGUCAUGAUCCGCGAUCAUCCCGACCUCUACCACCGCUUGGUGCAGGUGUAUCCGCGCGUCCAGCAGGCCAUCCAUGCGUAG